AUGAAGGGUUUUGUGGGUUGUCUGCAUGUUCAGGAGCUAGCUGUGGCUCUUCCCUCAGCAGCAGCAGCAGCAGGGAACCCUUGGGGCCCACCGGGGGCCCCCCACCGCCGGGAGUCUCCAAGUGCUGCUGCAGCAAGGGGGCCCCCCGCUGCAGCUGCUGCUGCUUUGGCAGCAGCAGGGGCUCUGCAGCAUGCUGCGGGGGCCCCACGGCAGCUAAACGUAGCCUUAUCUCAGUGUGGGGUUUCUUCGUUGCAGCAGAAGCCUCAAGGGGCGGCGUUGCAGCAGUGUGCUGCUUCUGCUGCUGCUGCUGCUGCUGCUGCUGCUGCUGCUGCUGCUGCUGAGGCUAAGGGGGAACCCUUGCUGUCCAGCCUAGAAAGGCUGCAUGCGGCCGUCGGCUGCUCGGGGGGGGCCCUGCAGGGAAUUGAGUGGCAGCAGCAGCAGCACUUGCCGCUGCUGCUGCCGGGCCCCCCGCCACAAGGACCCACAAGCACGAAGCAGCAGCAGCAGCAGCAGCAGCAGCAGCAGCAGCAGCAGCAGCGCAAAACCCACCAGCAGCAGAUACCGCGCGCAACAACAGCGAGGUCGCUGCAAGCACCCAGAGAGACGCGGGCUCGAUCCCUGCAAAGAGGUGAAGCAGUGCAGCAGCAGCAGCAGCAGCAGCAGCAGCAGCAGCAGCAGCAGCAGUGGGACUGGAGUCGUUUCCACGAGCAAGCGCCCUCCGCUGCUUUAGGUGUAUCUGAAGCAGAAAUGGUGGCAGCAGCAGCAGCAGCAGAGGUAGCAGCAGCAGCAGAAGCAGCAGCAGAAGCAGCAGCAGCGGAAGCAGCAGCAGCAGCAGAAAGGCAACUGGGUGACCAGUGGUCCAGCACCUCACAGCGCCGCUCCCUCAGCACCCCCACUUGGGUGAGUGCUGCGCGUAUCUGCAGCAGCUGGAGAAUGCCAGCAGCAGCAGCAGCAGCAGCAACGGGAGCAGCUACAGCAGCAGGAGCAACUGCUGUUGAGGCUGCUGCUACGACGGCAGCAACAGCAGCAGCAGCAGGAGCACCGGCGAUAGGUGUAGGCAACGCUGCUGUUGCUGCUGCAGUCCCUCCGGCAUUGCCGUUGGUAUUUCCUCCUUCUGCAGCAGAUACCUUUGCUACACCUGCUGCUGCUGCUGCUGCUGCCGGUGCUCCUGCUGCUGCUGCUGCUGCUGCUGGCUGCAUGCCAUCUCUGUCCAGCUUCAUCAGGCUGACAUCUUCGCAGACUGGUGCUGCAGCAGCUGGCACACCUGCUGCAGCACAAGAAGCGAGGACAGCAGCAGCAGCACCAGCAGCACCAGCAGCACCAGCAGCAACAGCAGCAGCAGCAGCACCAGCAGCAGCACCAGCAGCAGGAGAGGUAGUUGCCACAUCGCGGGAAAGGCCUCCGUUUUUGCAGCGCAUGCACUUUUGUGUGGAAAGGCUCAGCAGGUACCCAGGCUGCUCCUUGCAGCAGCAGCAGCAGCAGCAGCAGCAGCAAGAGACGCAGCAGCAAGCGUGGCAACAGCAGCUGCUGCAGCACAUGCAGCAGCAGCUCAUUUGGAUGCGAGAGCAGCAGCAGCAGCAGCAAGUUCUUUUGCAGCACCACCUCAAUCAGCAAGCGAUUCAGCAGCAGCAACAGCAGCAGCUGCUGCAGCAGAAACUGCUGCAGCAGCAUGAGCCACUUGGGGGCCCACAGAAGAGAGUGCAGCAGCCUGGUGCUGCUGCUGCCUCAUCGCCAACUGCCAGGCUGUCAUCCCCAACUCAGCAGCAGCAGCAGCGGCAGCAGCAGCGGCAGCAGCAGCAGCAGCAGCGGCAGCAGCAGCAGCAACUGAGAGACCCUCUGGACCUGCUGAGGGUCAGGGCCAACGGAGCAGCGUCUCCUGAGCAGAAGCCGCUGGGCACUUUGCCCCGCAGCAGCGACAGAAAGCGCAUGCAGCCAGCAGCAGCAGCAGCAGCAGCAACAGCAGCAGCAGCAGCAGCAGGGGGCAGGCCCCCGUCAGCCGGCACUGUGCAGAGCCACCACACAAGCCGCAAGUGCGCUGCGUGCCACCCCGAGGGAGACGCAGGCGUCUGCUGCUGCUGCAGCAGCUGCAGCAGGCUGCAUGCAGGUGCUGCUGCAGCGCGGGGGAUGCAGCAGCACCAGCAGCAGAAACAGCAGCAAAGAGCCACACGGGGGAGCCCCCAACCCACAGCUUGCAGCAACAGCCCCACUUCCCGUCAGCAGCAGCAGAGGCAGCAGCAAAAGUCGAAACAUCUGCCGCCUCCGCCGACGCCGCCGCCGCCGCAGCAGCAGCAGCAACAGCAACAGCAGCAGCAGCAGCAGCAGCAGCAGCAGCAGCAGCAGAAGGGGCAGCAACUGCUGGUUCUGGCCCUGCCAAGUACCCCUAGAAAACGAAUUCUGCUGUGCGGCGCUGCAGCAGAAGCUGCCAAUGGGGAGCUGCGCCUCUCUGAGAAGCAGCAGCAAGGUUUGCUGCAGCUGCUGCAGGAGCGGUCAGCCAGCAGCUGGAGGCAAGAAGACACAACGCCCCCCGGGGCCCACCCAGCAGCAGCAGCAGCAGCAGCAGCAGCAGCAGCAGCAGCACCAAGGAGCGCCUCAAGGGGCCUGCAGCAGCAGCACAGGAGAAGCCUGUCUGAAGGCAGAGAAAAGAAGCCGCGGCAGCUAGGCAGCACAAAGCCCCUGCGAUGGCAGCGAAAGCACCUGCUCCAGCGACAGCAGCUCAGAAGCGGGAAACUGCAGCAGCAGGCGGCAGCAGCAGCAGCAAACUGGUGGAUCCAGGCGUACAGACACUGCACUCCGGACACUGCAGCAGCAGGCACUUAUAGACGAGCUUCUGCAAAUGAGGCUGCAAGCGGUGUACCAGCAGCAGCAGCAGCAGCUGCUGCUGCAGCAGCAACUGCAACAGCAGCAGCAGCAGCAGCAAUUGCAGCAGCAGCAGCAGCAAAUACAGCAGCAACAGCAACGGCAGCAGAUUCAGCAGCUGCAGCCCCCAAUAACUCUGAGUGA